UUUUCUUUCCCUCCCCAAAUCCCUUCGAUCGAGUCCGCUUCGCUUCUUUGUUCUCCGCUUUUCUCGUCCAGUCUCCCGACGUCGUCUCCCUUCUCUCUUCCAGUCUCGGGUAAGAGCUCGCUUUCCAGGGGUGGGGAGAUCUGGCCGGUCGCGAGUUGCAAUCGUCGGAUUCGCCGGAGGAGCGUUUGGAAAUGCUCGGAGAUGCGAUCUCUGAGCGCGUUCUGGAGAAUCUUUUAUGCCCAGGAGAGGCGGAUCCAUGACGUGGGAGACCGAUCUCGCUUGAUCCUCUGUGUUCUUGGAGAAUCACGGGGCGAUCGGUGCGGGAGAGUGUGAGGGUUUGGUGCGGCGAGGGAGGGAAGAUCGCGGAUUCGCUAUGUAUUUCGCCAAGCUCGACGAUUCUCCAAUGUUCCGGAAGCAGAUUCAAUCACUUGAAGAAAGUGCAGAAUCAUUGAGAGAGAGAUGUCUAAAGUUUUAUAAGGGAUGUCGCAAAUAUACGGAAGGACUUGGAGAGGGAUAUGAUGGGGAUAUUGCUUUUGCAAGCUCUCUUGAAAUGUUUGGAGGGGGGCAUAAUGACCCCAUUAGUGUUGCGUUUGGAGGGCCUGUUAUGACCAAAUUUACCAUCGCUUUGAGAGAAAUAGGAACCUACAAAGAGGUAUUACGUUCCCAGGUUGAGCAAAUGUUGAAUGAGAGAUUACUCCAAUUUGUAGACACAGAUUUGCAUGAUGUUAAGGAUGCUCGCAAGCGGUUUGAUAGGGCUAGUCUGCUAUAUGACCAGGCACGUGAGAAGUAUCUAGCGCUCAAGAAAGGGACAAAAGCAGAUAUCACAACAGUUUUAGAGGAUGAGCUCCAUAGUGCAAGAUCUUCAUUUGAGCAAGCCCGUUUCGAUCUGGUUACUGCUCUUUCUAACAUAGAGGCAAAAAAGAGAUAUGAACUUCUGGAGGCUGUUAGUGGAACUAUGGAUGCCCAUCUUCGUUAUUUCAAACAAGGAUAUGAGCUACUGCAUCAGAUGGAGCCAUAUAUCCACCAGGUUCUGGCUUAUGCCCAGCAAUCAAGGGAGAGAUCUAGCUAUGAACAAGCAGCGCUUAUAGAAAGAAUGCAAGAGUUCAAAAGACAGAUUGAUCGAGAAAGUAGAUGGUCUGCAAAUGGGUCAAACGAUUCUCCCAAUGGAGAUGGCAUACAAGCUAUUGGAAGGAGUUCUCAUAAAAUGAUAGAGGCAGUGAUGCAGACAGCUGCAAAAGGGAAGGUUCAAACUAUUAGACAAGGUUAUCUCUCAAAGCGCUCUUCAAAUCUAAGAGGUGAUUGGAAGAGAAGGUUCUUUGUUCUUGAUAGUCGGGGCAUGUUAUAUUAUUAUCGUAAACAGUGGAGCAGAUCAUCUGGAGGUCACCAUCCUAACCAGAGAGGUCAUAAUUCCUCUGAACAUGGUCCCGGACUGCUGAGUCGAUGGUUUUCUUCUCACUAUCAUGGUGGUGUACAUGAUGAGAAAUGUGUUGCACGUCAUACUGUAAACUUGCUAACAUCAACAAUAAAAGUUGAUGCAGACCAGUCAGAUCUGCGUUUCUGCUUCAGGAUUAUAUCACCGACAAAGAAUUACACUUUGCAGGCAGAGAGUGCCAUGGAUCAAAUGGAUUGGAUUGAAAAAAUAACUGGUGUUAUUGCUUCUCUGCUAAGCUCUCAGUCACCUGAACAGCGCCUUCUCACAAGCCCCAUGAGCGGUGGCCACCAUCGAGCAGCCAGUGAGAGUAGCUCAUUUGGUAGCUCAUGUGAUCUUGAUCAUUUAGCAAAUGAAGAAUCAUCAUUGGAAAAAUGCAGCAUCGGUGGCCAUUUUGACUGUUCUAUUAGGAGCUCACAACAGUAUAGGUUCAACUCAAAGCAUGAGAAGCCAAUUGAUGUGUUACGAAAAGUCUGUGGAAAUGAUAUAUGUGCUGACUGUGGUGCUCCUGAACCUGACUGGGCAUCCCUGAACCUUGGAAUUCUGCUUUGCAUUGAGUGUUCUGGGGUUCACCGCAAUCUUGGUGUGCAUAUAUCAAAGGUGAGAUCUCUAACUCUUGAUGUUAGAGUAUGGGAGCCUUCUGUUAUCAAUCUAUUUCAAUCACUGGGCAAUACGGUUGCCAACACCAUCUGGGAAGAAUCAUUUCCAUCGACAAGCAACGGCAAAUGUGAGAAUGUCUCAAGUUUCUGUAUUGUUGACAAGACUCAAGGAUAUUACUGUAUCAAUAAGCCUAAACAUUCAGAUCCAAUUACAGUGAAGGAGAAGUUCAUUCAAGCAAAGUACGUGGAGAAGCUUUUUGUUCAUAAAACAGCAGCAGAUCAGCUUUCAGUUGCACAAAAAAUGUGGGAAAGUGUUCGUGCCAAUGACAUGAAAGCAGUAUAUCACCAUAUUGUGGCAUCGAAUGCUGAUGUCAACAUCAUCUAUGGACAGGCAUCCGUAAAUUCUUCUGUAACUCUUGCAAAAGCUAUGCUUCUACAAGAUCAGCCAACUGCAGUGCUCGAUUAUAGUUCUAGCUGCUUAUUAGGUGAUUCUUUGCAAAAGUCUUCCACCAUGAGUUCAUUUAGCUCAGUGGGCACCAGCGACAACAUAAACGAAGUGGAUGAUUGCUUUGAAGGCUUCACUCUACUUCAUCUUGCUUGCUUGACUUCAGAUAUGGCCAUGGUAGAGCUACUCUUACAGUAUGGUGCAAAUGUAAAUUCUAUCGAUUUGAAGGGAAGGACACCACUUCACCAUUGUAUUCUCAGAGGCAAACAUUUAUUUGCCAAACUGCUGUUGACAAGGGGUGCUGACCCACAUGCUACCGAUGAGGAUGGUAAAACUGCCCUACAAUAUGCGAUAGAAGCUGGUAACAUCAAAGACGAAGAAAUUAUUGUUCUCCUUGGGGACCCUAAUAGAUAGUUAAGAUCAAAAGGGAACGAAGCAGUUGGGAACUUCUAGCGGAUUGCUGUCUUCAUGUUCCAGCUAAAGUAUCUAUCAUAACUGAUAAAUUAUUCCUUGUACCAAUCGAUGCUUGCAAUCAUGAGCCAGAGACAGGUUGAUCCUUUUCUGAAUCUCAAUAGUGGUGCUUUUACGUUAUCUGAUAUCUGCCUAUUUAUUCAGUUUGAUGGUGCUCGGAUUUAUAUGAGUGGUGUCAGUUUUGUACAAUUUCUUCCUGUUAUUUAAAAGUUACUGCUCCCAUUUUAUUAGAGAUCAUUUUGAUCAUGGAAGUUGUAUAUAGAUCAGUUCCAUGAAAAUUUUAGAUUUCGAGUGGUGUAAUAUAUGCCGUAACUUGGAGAACUGUUUUGCACGAAAUACCAGCUUUACAAUAUUCCUCAAA